AUGACGCCUCGACUCCAGCUCCUCGUUGCGUGCGCUGUGCGCGCCGCUGCGGCGUCGACUUGCGGCUCGUGCUGCCGGAAUGCGUCGUCGGACGCGCCGCUGCACGUCGGCGUCAUCGGCGCCGGUUUCGCCGGCUUGGGCGCAGCUCAGAGGCUCACCGAGCGGGGCUGCGCGGUCACCAUCCUCGAGGCCCGCGACCGCGUCGGCGGCCGCGCCGAGACGCGCGCCGUCGGCGACUACGGCAUCGACCUCGGUCCCAUGUGGCUGCACGGCGUCCGGCGGCACCCGCUGCGCCCCUACGUCGAGCGGUACGGCAUGACGCUGCGGCGGUCCGACUACGACUCCGCGAUCGCCUACAACGGCAGCAGGAAGAUAAACAGCGACACCGUGGACGCUUGGUACGACGCCUGGGACCGUGUCGUCUACCCGAUCGUCGAGCGGCAGCAGGACGACACCGACGAGGACUCGGACCUCGCGUCCGCGAUCUACGAAGCGGCGCGGAGCGCCGGCGCCCGCGCCGGCGCGCUGGCACACGCCGCCGUGCUGUCGUUCCUCGUCGUCGACAACAUCGCGUUGGACGCCGCGGCCGACGCCGAGGACCUCUCCCUCUGGUGGUGGGACGCGGACAGCUGGCUCGACGACGACGUCGAGGACUCGGAGGACUCCGUGCUGCGGGAGGGCUACGGCACCCUCGCGGCCCGCAUCGCCGCGGACGGCAACGCGACGGUGCUCCUCGAGCGCGUCGUCGACGGCGCGCGCGCGGAGGGCGACGGCGUCGUCGUGAGCGCCGCCGGCACCGACCUCGCGUUCGACCGCGUCGUCGUCGCGCUGCCCCUCGGCGUGCUCCAGGGCGGCGCCGUGGCCUUCUCGCCGCCCCUCGACGCCGCGGCGCUGGGAGCUCGGGGCGCCGGCGCCGCGGAGAAGUACGUGCUCGUGUUCGACGGCGCGUUCUGGCCCGACGAAGACUUUUUGUACACGUUGGAGCCGGCGCUCGAGUGGCUCAACCUCGACCGGGCGCUCGGAGUGCCGGGGUUGGCGUGCUUCACCGCGGGCGCGCUGGCGACGGAGCUCGGGGCCAAGUCCGACGCCGAGAAGCAGGCCUGGCUCGUCGAACGGCUGGAGGCGAUGUUCCCGGACGAGACCUUCGCCGUCGUCGCCGCGGCCUUCUCCGAGUGGCACUCGGACGAGCGGACGCGCGGCGGCUGGUCCUACGUGAAGCCGGGCACGGACUACCCGUCGAACCACGCCGCGCUCUCGCGCCCCGUGCUCGGCGGUCGGGGGUUUCUCGCGGGCGAGUACGUCUCGAACUAUUUCGGGACCGUCCACGGCGCCUGGCUCUCCGGCGAGGCCGCGGCAGAUCUCGCAGUCGACGGCGCCGCGGGAAGCGACGACGACGACGACGACGACAGUCUGGACCUCGGCCUCGUCCUCGGCGUUUCGGCGGCCGCGGCGCUGGCGGCCGUCGCCGCGUGCCUCUACGUCCGCAAGCGGAGCAGUCGAAGCGGCGGGCUCCCCCCCGCCGCAGACGACGGCGUACUCCUCGCCAUCAACGCCGGCGACAAUAGCCGGGGACAAUGCUAA